UUAAAAAUGGCGCUGAAGAUGGAUAUUAUUUCAUGAAAUUCCGGAAAGGAAGCUGUGAAGUUAGCUGUUUAUAUCAUGAAUAUUUUAUGUGAAGUUGCCAAGCGUAAUUCGCCGUAGGCCUUUGUUUUAGUUGGGACGGUUGACUACCCUGUAAUUGGGUAAAGGAAAUAUGGCGAAAAGUUAUGACUACCUGUUUAAAAUUCUCCUGAUUGGAGAUUCAGGGGUUGGAAAAACUUGUAUUCUCUGUCGCUUCGCCAACAACGAAUUUAACAGAUCACACAUAUCAACCAUAGGUAAGCUGAAAAAAAUCAGUCGGGGAAAAAUUUUCCUUCGCUAGAAUUAUUCAGCAGGUUGUCACUGAAAUACCUGUAAUUUGCUGUAUCAAUGAAUAAUUCUGCAUCUUUCUGUAUUUUCUAGGAAUAGAUUUCAAGAUGAAAACGAUUGUUGUCGAAGGGAAAAGGAUCCGAAUACAGAUGUGGUAAGCCAUCUUUAGAUAUCCAAAAUCUUCUCUCGCAGUUUGAACGCUGGUUUCCGGUGUUAAGGCUUAACAACAUUCUCACUAUGGAGGUGAAGAGGACGUACUCCUUUGCCUUAAUUUUGUUCUUAAAUGAUUUUUGAUGUAGUUUUGCCAUAAAUCUAAGGUACAGUAAUGCGAAACUAAGUUACAUGUAGGUCCUUUUAGUAUCGAAACCAUUUUACAUAGCGCUUAAGCUACCGACGCUUGUGAAGAACUCGGGAACAACACUAAUCUCAACUCUUCCUCUUUAUCCGCGUACGAAGAUGCUAUUAAGAUGAUGUUAACGUUUCAUAAAAUAAUUUAACCCUAUAGCUGUUUCAUUGUUAUUUACUCUACUUAAUUCAUUUGAAGCGCCAGUCCGCGACUGUCUUCGUAUGUCCCUAAAUAUACUUCUCCGGGACGAUCACGAGAAGAUUUGGUAUAUUCUAGCUAUUUCCCUUUCGAUUGAGAACAACUAAAAACUUUGUAAUCCACAUCGACUGGUUUCGUCUCAUCAAUAUUUGGUCGUGUUUAUUUUGAAGCGCAUACAUGAGGUGUUAUUUUCGUCAAACUCGUUGGUGCAGUUUACGAUAUCGAUUAUAGCCAAUUUAGAUUUUAUUACUCUAUGCUACAUUUAAAUUUUAUUGCGCCCAUUAGAAGAUUCUUAAGUGCCGCUCUUUCAGCGGGACAUUUUGAGCUUCACCGAGAUACGUCUCCUCGUCAAGAGUAUUUAGUGGAAACAGUCAAAUUUUAGCGGAAUGUUACUUCCUUUUACGUUUCCUUAAACUAUCUCAAAGUUAGUCAGACAAUUACAUCAUUAUGAUAGUAAAUUUAAGAAGGUUAAGAUGCUAUUUAUUGUUUUAUUGUCUGGAUCAAUUGCUCAGCCUUUUUCUGUUAAAAAGCUGUAUUUGAAGGAAUUAUCUUUAAUGUGGUUGAACUCCAAGGAAAUAUACCCAAAGAAAGCAAUCAUUUUUCAGUAAAAUCUUUAUUGAAUUUCCGAGCCAAGACCAAAUGUUUUCCCUAAUAAUUACAGGGUCACUGAACUCUCCUUUGCUUAUCUUAUCAUUUUCUAACCUUUGCUCAGAUGACUGAGAACUGAAUCUUUUUUUUUUUUUUUUGGACUAAUGGACCUCCUAGCAAUUGCAUGACAAGCAGUGAGACAAUAAAAUCAAUCCAAGCUAUAAUUUGGGGUUAAAUUUGCUUUGAUUUGUCAAAGAGGAUCUUUGUAAAGUAGUAUGAUUUAAAUAAAGUGCUCAAGAUUUAAUGUUUUGCUUGAUUCAUUGUUUAUGUAGUGGAAAUUAUGAUAUUAAAAGAAUGGCGGACUUUAGCCAUUUAAGUGGAGGGUCAAUUAUUUAUAUUUGAACUGAUCUCUGCUUCUUAAAUACAGAUAAAUACAACUAUUCAGGAUUUCUUGUUGUCCAGGGAACAUCUUGUUUCUAAAAGAAUGUUGGAAACCACAUGGGAAGUACAAAGCAAUGGCCUUCAAUCGCUAGCAAUUGCUGUUGAUAGAUGUGAAGUAAUAUUUGAACUGAUUUCUGUUUCCUGACUUUAUAGGGAUACAGCUGGUCAAGAGAGAUAUGAAACAAUCACAACACAAUACUACAGAAGAGCACAUGUAAGUCUAGUGGUUGAAUUCAUAUGCGUAUUUGUAAGAUAUGUAGUCAUGACUAUGAUUCUCAUUAUUAUAUAGUACAAUCAUAUCUAUGGACACAAAGAAUAUUUUUUGAAGAGCAUGAAAAAAUUAUUUAAAUCUGUGAGAAUGACCUCAACUCAGCUGGGGGACCAAUCUGUUUUCAGUUCUCUAGAAUUGCAAUUAAAAAAGACUCAUUAGUGAUGUUCCCUUUUGGUGAAUUAAAGCAAAUAUUGUGGGGGAAAAGAAAACAGGAACAGUUUCAGUGUAAUGUGCCACAAUUAUCGAAUGACUUACCUCAGAUGAAAUGAAUGUCAGAGGAAAUAAUUUUAUGGCUUUGACUGGUGUCCAACCACAGGGGUUGAUUAAAAGCAAAUGUUACCUCCUUUCCCCUUUCAUCUCUCUUCUAUAUAUUCUAUGUGCCUAUGAACAUACAGUAUUGGUUGAUAUUUUCUUUACUACCUUUCAAACCUUUUAACUCUCACAAGUGAUUAACAUAUAACUUCUUUUUACAAUAUUCCUACCUUAUUCAGCAAACAGGUAAUGAGAGUACUCAAACUUAUCAUGUAGAAGUUGUUAUCUUGAUUUAAUACCAGUUCUUCUAACUAGUUUACAAGGUAAUUGGUAGCAGCUAGACAGGAGAAUUGACAAUGAUAUCAUUGGAGUUAAGGGGUUAAAUUAACUCUUUAACUCCCAUGAAUGACCAAGACAGAAUUUCUCCUUUCAAUAUCAGUACAAUAUCAACCAGAUAAGUGAUGAGAAUAAAGAAAAAUAUCCUUUCGAGGAUAAUUAGUCGAUCCAAUACUAAAUUCUUUGAACUAACAUUCAGGGCUCGAAAUUAGCACUCGCAAACUCGCGAAAUGCGAGUGGUUUUUCGAAGUUGCGAGUCUAAAAAAUAUCCUCUAGCAAACAUUUUCGAGUACUGGUAUUUUUCCAGUAGAAUUUCGAUUAAAAAAUUAACGCUGAAAAUGGCUGCAUUGAAAAGUUGCUCGUUAGGUUCCUUCUUUUGCUUGUAAAAGAAAUCAUACUAGCAAAACUUUGCUAGUAGACAAAAAAGUUAAGUUCGAGCCCUGACAUUAUAAGAAUUGUAUGGUUGAAAGUAAGGAGAAUUGCAAAUUUGAUCUGGGAGUUAAAGGAUUAGUAAAUCUACAACAGGGUCAAAUUUUUACAGGUGAGCAAAUUCAAAAAGGGCUUGUUAACUUGAGUGUAAACUUGUCAGAUUUAUUAGCUCUAGAUACCAUAUAAUUUUAAUUGAUAUUUGCAAGUCCAUAUCUGUAUCAAUCACUUUGAAUGAAUUUCCUUUGAAUUUUAUUCUUCCUUUUUACAGGGAAUAAUUCUAGUGUAUGAUAUAACAAGGCAGGAAACAUUUAAUAAUAUUAGGAAAUGGCUUAGAUAUGUUGAUGAGGUGAGUGUUACAGGGAUUUUCCUGACUUUCUGUCCAUCUUUAACUUGUUAAAAAACAUUGGGUAUGCCUUGGUUAACAGGUAAUUUUUUUUUCUUAGCAUGCUAACAACAAUGUUCAGAGACUACUGCUGGCUAAUAAAUGUGAUGCUGAAGAUGAAAGAAGAGUUUGGAAGGAUCAAGGAGCAAGGGUUGGUAUCCUUUGAAAUCUUUCCAUUGACAUUUAUUUCAUAAGAGGAAGGGCUACAGUUGUCUUCAAUUUUUAGACUACAGAAACAACUCCUAUGAGUAAAAGAUCUAUCAGUGAUUUCCAAUACAGUAUCUUGUAACACAAACCUUUGAAAAAGUGUUUCAUUUUACUUUUCAGCUCGCUGCAGAAAAAAAUAUCAAGUUCUAUGAAACAAGUGCACAGUCCAAUAUAAAUAUAGAUGAGGUAAGAGCCGAAUUACUGCCAAGUUUUAAAUAGAAAUUUAUACUUCUGUUUUACUUUUUAUGUGGGUUUUAAUCCUUCUCCCAUUUUGUUCUUUAAUUUAAGGCCUUCACAGAAAUAUGCCGACAAAUUUUACAAACUAUGGAUGUGCCUGACCAGGUAAAAGUUUGUCAGCUUAGACAGUGCAAUAUGUAUGACGUAAUCUUAUCUAUAAUAGCUGCAGUACUUCUGAUCAGCAUUGAUUAUUGGUAACUGAGGAUUUGAAAGGUCAAAACUGAGUUUGGGUCAAAACUGAGUUUGCAUAGAGUUGUAGAACUCUUUACUGAGAAGUAGUUUACUAGUCAGUUAAGUUGAAAGAAAAAUAGGUUUCUUUCAGAGCCUGUUUGAUAAAAAAAAGUCAUGGCUCCAGAGACAAGAAUUAGCCACAUGCUAUAAGUUGCAGUGAACAUCAGUCAGAGUUCAGUGCCAGCCCACUGGACUCCAAAUAGAAAAGACUAGGUUUUGUUCCUUGGAAAUGUCACUGUGUCAUGUUCUAUGGUUAGAUGCUUAUUUCUCCACUGGAAAACUUGUAGAAUGGAGGAACUGUAGACUAGCUUUCCAUUCAGGAAGAGUGGAGCACACUUUCUAAUUGAAUGGCAUUAAAAAAAAUUUGGAAUUGACCAAUCAGAAAAAAGGAAAAAUUACCAGGAGCCUCAAAGUAAAAAAACAAUCACUCAAGGCAUGAUUGGUUUUUGUCAAUUUUGCAUCUGAUUCAUUGAGAGGGUGAAACAAGCUUUGCUGAAACUUCACAAGGUGAAUUCAAACUUAAGUAUUUUAACCUUGGACAACUUUUAAGACUUAAUUUCAAGUCCCUAAAUGCAUUAGAACAAGAAUUUAUUCUGUCAGUAGUUGACCACUAGGCCUGUAUUGUGUAUUAUGUAUUUCCUUAUAAAGUGUAUCUGAUCUUAUUCCAUAGAAUGGAAGAAUACUCUCCUCUGCUGGUGAGAUUGGAUCAAGUGCAGUACUCUUGGACACGAAAAAUGAAGUUCUGCCACGGAGCUCUUGUUGUUAUUAAAUAAAUUAAUUAUUAAUGAAUUUAGAAAUAUUUCUUAUUAUAAACUUAUUGAUAGAUUUUGUUGCAAGACUACUAGUAUUUGGGAUUAUUAGCCUUGUAGAAUCUGCCCAUUUGGCUCACUUUUAUAACUUGCAUUUAUCCAGAGAUCUUGUUAUGAAUAUUUUGUAUAAAGAUGAUUUAGAACUCAAUGUGACUUAUGUAUGAAAAACAGGAAUAGUUUUGAAACUUGAAAUACUGAGUAAACAUCUAACAGUUGCAUUGUCAACUACUAAAAAUUCUCUCAGCUGUUUCAUGUAUUAUAAUUCUGUAUCUGCUGCAAAUGGAAAUUCAUCUGACACUCAGAAAUAGGGCAUUUAAUCUAGUCUGUUCACAGACUCUAUUUUUUUUCUCAAGAGAAUCAUUGUGCUUCUUUGCUAAGUCCAGCAAAAAAAUGUGUAUGUCUCUGGACAAACUAAUUUCAUUCCUGUGCUUUAUGUUCUGUUCUCCAUAUAUGACAACAUUAAAUUAAUAGGCUAACUUUGUAAUACUUUUUAUAUUUAAUUAUUGGCCAGUCUAUAACACCCUUUGCUGUUUUUAGGGACAGGUCAAACAGUCCACAGUUUGCCAGUAGUGAAGCAAAAGUAAACAUAUUUUGAAUAAGAACAAGUAAUCAAAUGAUUUAAGGGGAAAGUAUGAAAUGAAUGGGUCUCAAUAUAAAUAUAAUCACUGUAAAAUACAAGAUGUGACUUAAGUCAGGGAAAUAAGUACUUCAGCCAUAUAUAUUAAGAAAAUUAAGGAUGCACUGGCACUACUUUUUUUGGCAAAACUUUUUCAUAACUACAUUGUUGUAACUGCAAAUAAAAGUAGUUUGUGAGGAUUGUAUACUUGCCUGUCUUUUGUCUUUUGUUUAUUUUUACCAAAUUAGUUAUCAUUCCCA